AGUUGAGGGAGUAAGUUUGAAGGGUGUCUCCUGGCCACGGUCCUAGAAGGGGGUUUGGGACAUUAUUUUGGGAUAAAUCAAGCAAUAAACACAUUUUCAUCAUGGCAACGACUGUAAUGAGAUCACUGUUGAAGAAAGGGGUAAGAACUCAUGUUAUAUUGCUUUACCCAAGAGUCAAUCAAGACACUAACAGCUUUUGAAACACAGGAGGCUGCUGAGGGGAGGACAGCUCAUAAUAAUGGUCACAGUGGAGCCAAUGGAAUGGCAUCAAACAUAUGGAAACCAUGUAUUUGAUACCAUUCCACUGAUUCUGCUCCAGCCAUUACCACGAGCCUGACCUCCUCAAUUAAGGUGCCACCAAUGUUUUGAAAUGUUUCACAUUGUUUACAAAGUGAUAGAUGCCAUAUGGCUUGGCUCUUGUCUUGUUCUUGUCUAUUCUGUGGGUCACUAAGUUUAAGGAACCAUUCCUCCUUAGACCUCUCCUGCUCUUUGUAUGGAAAAAAGUAUGUGCUUAUCAUAUGCAGCUGCCUGUCAAGCUUUGUACAGCUCUAUGACUCCCAUGUGUGCUCUCCAGCUAAAUUGUUUAAUUGAUACAUUUUUGACUUUUAGUAAUCCCUCCAACAAUCACUGUAAAAUUGACCCCCAUGUGCACCUUCAUGGCCCUGUUGCACUUCUAUGACAUUCCGGAUUGCCAUAGUUGUACAUUAAUCUCCCGUCCUAACAGAAGGCCUGGAAGUAGGUAGUAGUCCUUUGCUUCUAAUGCUAUAUAGCUGACAUUUGAGAUGAUACUAUUCACAAUAAAUGGAUAAACUCAUGGAUGAGGUAUUCUUUACAGCUGACCACUUGCUUCCUCUCAGCAGGUACCUCUUCAGGUCAGGCGCAUGUGUUACUCCUCCUCAGUGGUCAGUAAUAACAGUUUAAUAAUACAGUUGAAUGAUGGUGGUUGUAUAUGACUACAAACAGAUUACCUCUAGAGGAUUAAUUGUCACACAGAUCUGUAUUUCUGAUAGAAAUUUAACAUGUUAAACAUUUCUCCCGCAGCCCACCACAAAGUUGUUUAUUGAUGGGAAGUUUGUUGAAUCCAAGACUUCAGAAUGGUUAGAUAUUCACAAUCCGGUAAGUAACUAGGCCUAAUAGAGCUCAAAUAUAGUCUUCUAAAUUGUAUUACCCAUCGUAUUUUAUUAGUUGAUGCACAGAACAUGUGUCACAAUGCACAAACAACACCUUGUAAAGUGCAGCCUACUGCUGCACUUUACAUUAAGGUCUACUUAGCUGGUUAAUCAGUUACCUGAGUUUUGACUUUCAGCAUAUUAUGUUAUCCAGUUGCUGUACAAAAUUGUCCAAGUUUUCAGCAAUGACAAGGUUAUAGGUCCAUUACUAUUAUGUAAAAUAAAAAGAGCUAGACUUUUAUGAGUAUACAUAUAGGUGUGCAAUAAAUUGUUAUAAUUCUCAAGAAUGCUUUUGCAUGAAAGUUCAAAGGUCAGUUAGCUGACACUUUGCUCCUUCGGCCUUCCUUUGCUUUUAGUUUGCUCAUAUCAUAGAGGUUUAGAAUGAGAUUAGAGCACUCUCAAGAGUCAAAGAAAUUCCUCUAGAUUGCAAUAUUUUUGAUGAAAUGGCCCGAUCUGAUGGUUUUGUCAGUGUGUGUCAGAUCAUAAUGUGUUGAAGUUAUCUGCUCAAGCUGAGCACACAGCUCAUACCAAUCAAAUAUAUAUUUUUAUAAUCAGGUUACAGUUCACCCACUAAUGAAUUCUUCCCUCUGACUGUUAUAGGCCACCAACGAGGUGAUAGCCCGCGUCCCCAAGGCUACACAGGAAGAGAUGCUGGCUGCUGUGGACUCCUGCUCACAGUCCUACCACUCGUGGUCUGAAACCUCCAUCUUGGCGCGCCAACAGAUCUUUCUGCGCUAUCAGCAGCUUAUCAAGGACAACAUUGUACGUCUGUAGCAGGGACAAGAACUUGUAGUACAUAUGAUACAAUAUCGCUAGAAGCAAAGGUCAAAUCUCAUAAUUCUCUGUUGCACGUUUAACGUCAUGCACUUUUGGUUGCACAUUGUUUUUCUGUCAUGUUUUGGGGUCCAAAGACCGCCCUUGCAUGCCCUUUAAUUUGAAUAUUUUAUACCAUACAAAUUCAGCAUGGAUUUGAUUUAAUAUGAACCCUACUCUCAAUGGCACACUUUUAAACAUGAUAGAUACUAGGUCCUUAGGUGAUAAGAAAGGAGGAACACCACAAUGCCUCCAUACUAUUUGUUUACAGCUGCUGUUGCUUAGCUUGAGUUACUCAUUUUAAAUUAAACUGAUUUGAGGUGCGUGUUAGCUCAUGGUGUAUGUGUCUUGUUUUCCAGAAAGAGCUUGCCAGGAGCAUUACUAUGGAGCAGGGCAAGACCCUGGCAGAUGCAGAGGGGGAUGUGUUCAGAGGAUUGCGUAAGUCUCAUGUGCACUGGCUUUUCCAAAGGGCAACAUUUAGAGAGAUGGUCUAUUAGCCUCUGUUAAUACUUGUUGCAGCCAAGGAAAUGGUUAAUCAGUACAUUAUUUAAGGGUCUAGGUCACUAGUAUAAAGAGCUCUUUGGUCUAUCACUAAUGUGACUCAGUCUCCAUAUGAGGGAUAGUCACACACACAUUCUGUGACUGACCCAGUGUUCUCUGUACCUGAAUGACACCCACUGUCUCUUCUCCAGAGGUGGUGGAGCACACAUGCAGCAUCACCUCCCUGAUGCUGGGGGAGACUCUGCCCUCCAUCACCAAAGACAUGGACACCUACACCUUCCGCCUGCCCAUCGGGGUGUGUGCUGGCAUCGCCCCCUUCAACUUCCCUGCCAUGAUCCCUCUGUGGAUGUUCCCCAUGGGCAUGGUGUGUGGCAACACCUACCUGCUUAAGCCCUCAGAGCGGGUGCCAGCCUGCACCAUGCUGCUGGCCAAGAUGCUGCAGGAUGCUGGGAUGCCAGACGGGACCUUGAACAUCAUCCAUGGCCAGCACGACGGUAAGAAAAAAGCUAAAUGUCCCAUCACCUGCUGUUCUCUAAGCUAUAUCUGGAGACAUUGGUGCUGUGAUGUGAAUAAUUGAAUAAUCACUGUGUCUCUAUGCUUUGAUUCACAUGCAUUUACAAUGCAUUGAUGUUGUUGUUGCAUUACAAAGUGGAGAGAUAAUGGAGAGAUUAUGGCUGGCCUGUCAGUGCUCUAUGCAAAAUGAAUCCCUGCUCCGGUCUUUCCCAGCUGUCAACUUCAUCUGUGAUCAUCCGGCCAUCAAGGCCAUCAGCUUCGUGGGCUCUAACCAAGCCGGAGAGUACAUCUAUGAGAGGGGAUCUAAAAACGGCAAGAGAGUACAGUCCAACAUGGUGAGUUUGUGCCAUUAAUGAACAGAGGGUGGCAGUGUUGGCUUAAAAACGAUUGUUGAAUGUUGUCCUCUGCUUCUCUUUUCUACCUUGGCUGAUUAGCUGUACAGAUGAAACAGGGAUUCAGAUCCAGACAGCCCAGACACUUUGUGGAAAAGAUUGAGUGGAAAUGUGUCAUUUAUCUUAUUUGACACAUUCCCACAAUAAUGAUCUACAAAUGAAAUGCAUUGACGUAAUAUAAAGCACUUACAAUAUUGUACUUUUUAUUGUUCUUUGAGAGGAUGAACUUUCGAGACCAUCUCUGAUCUAAUCUGCAUGCAACCACAUUGAAGGCAUUGCAUCAAUGCUGCGUAAUACAUUUUGCAGUCAAACUUUUUCCAUUAUGUAAUCCAACAUUUGAACUUGAUAUGUGUGCAACAAAAGUUAAUAAUUCCCCUUUUGCUACUAUUUCUGUCAAGUUUAUGCAUACAAUUUGAUGCAUACUUUGGAUAUAUCCAACGUAUGCACCACACAGAACGCACUGCAACUGCCUCUGCAGUGCAGCGUUCCAUUGGAAAUGAAUGUACUGCUGGUGUUCCAAAACGCAAUGAAGCUGUCGGUCUGAUCGAGACGUAAUGUGCAUUAUUUGAAUUGGAUCACUUUUCCCUGGUAUUCAGAUCAUGGGUAUUCAGAUCGAGGGACAGGAGGCUAAACAUUUCCCACCCUUAUGCUCUGCUGUAGGGAGCAAAGAAUCAUGGUGUGGUGAUGCCUGAUGCAAAUAAGGAGAACACUCUGAACCAGCUGGUGGGUGCGGCAUUCGGGGCAGCAGGACAGCGCUGCAUGGCUCUCUCCACGGCCAUCCUGGUGGGCGAGGCCCGCAGCUGGCUGCCUGAACUGGUGGAACGUGCCAAGGCUCUGCGAGUUAACGCAGGUACCCCACCCUCUCACCCUGCCCACACUUCCCGCCCUUUCCAUCCCUAAGGGGCCCUCUGCUCACCCUCUUAAGGCCACCCAUGCGCCCUAACCACACCUCUCGCCUCUUGCUGUACCAUAACUUCAGAUGGGGCUGAGCUGGGAAAGAGGGCUUGUUGAGUCACUCAUGCUGCAAAUUUGCGGCGACAUUUGUGGCCAAAGCUUAAGAGAACUUGAUGGGGAGGAGAAGAAUGAAUGAUUCCCCUUAUUGGCAAUCAUAAACACUCUAAUUUGUGUGGCUGCACAGGAAACCCCUAAACAGCCAUUUUAGAGGGAGUGCCUCAAUGUGCCCCUCACCCUGGCAGGGCUUUUGAGUGUUUGUGUGUCUGCGGGUGAAGGUGUAUUUGUGUGUACAUGUGUGUCUCGUGUGUGUGGCUGUGAGGGAGAGUUCUCACUGCAGGUUGUUUUUCGGGAACCCUCCCAGGGGACCAGGCAGGUGCGGAUGUGGGGCCCCUGAUCUCCCCUCAGGCCAAGGAAAGGGUCAACAGCCUGAUUCAGAGUGGGGUGGACGAGGGAGCUCAGCUGCUGCUCGACGGCAGGAACGUCAAAGUCGAGGGCUAUGAGAACGGCAACUUUGUGGGGCCUACCAUCAUCGGCAAUGUCACAGUAAGUGUGUUCUUGCAGGUGCAAAUCUUCUAGUUGUACUGCCCAAAAGUAUGCUGAUGUUAUUUUCUGUCCAUAUCCUGAAAUCCGGUCAUUUCCUUUUUGUCUCCUAGCCUCAGAUGAAGUGCUAUACUGAGGAGAUCUUUGGGCCUGUUCUGGUUGUCCUUGAGGCUGAAUCCUUGGAUGACGCCAUCAGCCUGGUUAACAAUAACCCCUAUGGCAACGGCACAGCUAUCUUCACCACCAACGGAGCCACAGCACGCAAAUACACUCACGAGGUGGACGUAGGCCAGGUGAGUGUCUGUGGACCUGUGUGUGUCCCUACUUCCUGGGAGAAUGGAGGCAUUCAUACCCUCUACCAUGUCUAUACCUUAAACAAGGAGGACAUCGCACCUCUAUUCUAAAACAUACACUCAACAACCAUUAUUUUCCAUGGCAAGUAUAGCCUUAUUUGCUUCUGCUCUAAACCAAACACUUCUGCCCCCUCUUCCCUUCACCACCCCGCCCCAUGUGGACUAUAAAUAGCUACAGCAAAUAUGUGCCUUUUUUAUUAAAACAGGGACAUAGAAAUACAUUUUCCUAGUAGGAUUACAGGACGGGAAAUCUUAAAUUAAAGGGAUUCCUUUGGACCUGUUAAAUAUUUAAAGCAUAAAUAGUGCCUUCAGAAAGUAUUCAUACCCCUUGACAUAUUCCACAUUUUGUUGUUUCAGCCUGAAUUCAAAAUUGAUUAAAAUUUCUUUUAAAUCACCCGUAUACACACAAUACCCCAUAAUGACAAAGUGAAAACAUGUUUUUUGAAAUGUUUUGCAAAUUUAUUGAAAUCACCGAUUCUGGGUAAGUCUCUAAGAGCUUUGCAAACCUGGAUUGUACAAUAUUUGCACAUUAUUAUUUUAGAAUUCUUCAAGCUCUGUCAAGUUGGUUGUUGAUCAUUGAUAGACAGCCAUUUUCAAGUCUUGCCAUAGAUUUCAAGCCAAUUUAAGUCAAAACUGUAACUAGGCCACUCAGGAACAUUCAAUGUAAUCUUAGUAAACAACUCCAGUGUGUAUUUGGCCUUGUGUAUUAGGUUAUUGUCCUGCUGAAAGGUGAAUUUGUCUCCCAGUGUCUGUUGGAAAGCAGACUGAACCAGAUUUUCCUCUAGGAUUUUGCCUGUGCUUAACUCUUCAGUUUUUUUAAUCCUAUAUACAGUGGGGGAAAAAAGUAUUUAGUCAGCCACCAAUUGUGCAAGUUCUCCCACUUAAAAAGAUGAGAGAGGCCUGUAAUUUUCAUCAUAGGUACACGUCAACUAUGACAGACAAAUUGAGAAAAAAAAAUCCAGAAAAUCACAUUGUAGGAUUUUUUAUGAAUUUAUUUGCAAAUUAUGGUGGAAAAUAAGUAUUUGGUCACCUACAAACAAGCAAGAUUUCUGGCUCUCAAUUACCUGUAACUUCUUCUUUAAGAGGCUCCUCUGUCCUCCACUCGUUACCUGUAUUAAUGGCACCUGUUUGAACUUGUUAUCAGUAUAAAAGACACCUGUCCACAACCUCAAACAGUCACACUCCAAACUCCACUAUGGCCAAGACCAAAGAGCUGUCAAAGGACACCAGAAACAAAAUUGUAGACCUGCACCAGGCUGGGAAGACUGAAUCUGCAAUAGGUAAGCAGCUUGGUUUGAAGAAAUCAACUGUGGGAGCAAUUAUUAGGAAAUGGAAGACAUACAAGACCACUGAUAAUCUCCCUUGAUCUGGGGCUCCACGCAAGAUCUCACCCCGUGGGGUCAAAAUGAUCACAAGAACGGUGAGCAAAAAUCCCAGAACCACACGGGGGGACCUAGUGAAUGACCUGCAGAGAGCUGGGACCAAAGUAACAAAGCCUACCAUCAGUAACACACUACGCCGCCAGGGACUCAAAUCCUGCAGUGGCAGACGUGUCCCCCUGCUUAAGCCAGUACAUGUCCAGGCCCGUCUGAAGUUUGCUAGAGUGCAUUUGGAUGAUCCAGAAGAGGAUUGGGAGAAUGUCAUAUGGUCAGAUGAAACCAAAAUAGAACUUUUUGGUCAAAACUCAACUCGUCGUGUUUGGAGGACAAAGAAUGCUGAGUUGCAUCCAAAGAACACCAUACCUACUGUGAAGCAUGGGGGUGGAAACAUCAUGCUUUGGGGCUGUUUUUCUGCAAAGGGACCAGGACGACUGAUCCGUGUAAAGGAAAGAAUGAAUGGGGCCAUGUAUCGUGAGAUUUUGAGUGAAAACCUCCUUCCAUCAGCAAGGGCAUUGAAGAUGAAACGUGGCUGGGUCUUUCAGCAUGACAAUGAUCCCAAACACACCGCCCGUGCAACGAAGGAGUGGCUUCGUAAGAAGCAUUUCAAGGUCCUGGAGUGGCCUAGCCAGUCUCCAGAUCUCAACCCCAUAGAAAAUCUUUGGAGGGAGUUGAAAGUCUGUGUUGCCCAGCGACAGCCCCAAAACAUCACUGCUCUAGAGGAGAUCUGCAUGGAGGAAUGGGCCAAAAUACCAGCAACAGUGUGUGAAAACCUUGUGAAGACUUACAGAAAACGUUUGACCUGUGUCAUUGCCAACAAAGGGUAUAUAACAAAGUAUUGAGAAACUUUUGUUAUUGACCAAAUACUUAUUUUCCACCAUAAUUUGCAAAUAAAUUCAUUAAAUAUCCUACAAUGUGAUUUUCUGGAUUUUUCUUUCUCAUUUUGUCUGUCAUAGUUGACGUGUACCUAUGAUGAAAAUUACAGGCCUCUCUCAUCUUUUUAAGUGGGAGAACUUGCACAAUUGGUGGCUGACUAAAUACUUUUUUCCCCCACUGUAACUCCCAAUCCUUGCCGAUGACAAGCAUACCCAUAACAUGAUGCAGCCACCACCAUGCUUGACAAUACGAAGAGUGGUACUCAGUGACGUGUUAGAUUUGCCCCUAACAUACCGCUUUGUAUUCAUGAUGUAAAGUUCAUUUCUUUGCCACAUUCUUUGCAGUUUUACUUUAGUGCCUUAUUGUAAACAGGAUGCAUGUUUUGAAUAUUUUCUAUUCUGUACAGGCUUCCUUCUUUUCACUCUGUCAUUUAGGUUAGUACUGUGAAGUAACUACAAUGUUGUUGAUCCAUCCUCAGUUUUCUCCUAUCACAGCCAUUAAACUCUAACUGUUUUAAAGUCACAAUUGUACUCAUGGUGAAAUCCCUGAAUGGUUUCCUUCCUCUUUGAUAUUAUGGGGUAUUGUGUGUAGGCCAGUGACACACAUCUAAAUUCAAUCCAUUUUAAAUUCAGACUGUAACACAACAAAAUGUGGGCCUCCGCUAUGUCCUGUGUUUGCUGUUUCUUCCAUCCCUCAGCCAAAAGGCUUGACUCCCGUGUCCAAAAUUACUCCUGCAUUUUCAAACAUUCUCGACCAACCAUGAGUUUCCAGUGGCCUCAAAAACAAAAUGUUUUGUUUAGUUCUUCUGUCCCUCUCGCAUGCAAUGCUUUCAACACUGUGAACACAAGCAAUGGUUUUCGGGAUUGUUGUGACUCAUUUUUCAUGCAUUGUUUGUUCUUUGAACUAGCAUUUAGUACACCUUCCUCUCCCAGUGUUACUCAUUCAGUUGCUCUGAAGGGGUAUUUGUUUCCAAUGCGGUAAUGGAAGUUUGUGUUUUGCAGAUUGGGGUGAACGUUCCCAUCCCUGUUCCUCUGCCCAUGUUCUCCUUCACUGGCUCACGAGGCUCCUUCAGAGGAGACACCAACUUCUACGGCAAACAAGUGAGUAUCAGUUGACAUAUGGUAACAAGGUCUUUGAAGACAGACAGUAGUUAGUAUGGCUGGUCCUAAUAAGGGGUUGUACUGUAGGUUGGGGCCUCUAUUCAGUGAGUUUCUGUGGCUGACUGAUGAUGUAAACCACUCAGUCCUAGUGAUGGCUGAUCAAAGCCAAUUAUCUUGAGUCCAGAUUUUCAGCUUCAUUUCAUUUUCUGUUAUGUAAUACGGUCAUGAUGCCAUAGUUACAGAGCAGUCUAUUAUAAUGUCGUCUCUGCUUUCUACAGGGCAUCCAGUUUUACACACAGAUCAAAACAGUUACUUCACAAUGGAAGGCAGAAGACGCAACCGUGAAAACUCCUGCAGUUUCCAUGCCAACCAUGGGACGCUAAAGGGUCUGGAGAAAGAACGAUCCCACUUCCCCAUGUCUUUUGUGAAGCAAAAUGUCAAAAACUACUGUGCAGUCCCGUCACCAUGAGUUGAUAAUUACCCAUAGUAAUUUGACAAGCCUUAAUGUAGAAUUUGGACCCAAAAUGAUUUUAUUUUUUCAAUGGUAUUUCAAGAUUAAUUCACUCACUAUGGAUCAAUAGUUUGGCUUCAUCAUUGAAUGACGGUUCCUUUGUUCUGUAUACGUUUCUACUAAUUGUGUCUGUAUCUAUGUUACGAUUUAGGAAACAAUGCAAAUAACUGUGGAGCAGUUAAAACAGUGUAAAGUGCUUGCAUAUCUUUUCUUUGUAUGCAACAUCUGUGUUCAAAGUAUACUGCCUCACCAGCAUUUUGAUGUUGAUGAUUGUGUAGCUGCCAAAUGUGAUGCCACUAUUAAUCAUACAUUCAGUGCAUCUGAAUAUUUGAAAUGUGUUAUGCACACUUGCUGUGGUGCAGUUAUUCAUUUCGUCCAGGUUGCAUUUUAAUAAAAAUCCAUCCGUUUAAAUUGAA